AUGGCUGCCACCUUCAGGUUGAAGUCCAGGCUGGCUCUGGUGACAGGUCAAUGAAUAUUAUGAAUUAGCAGCAAUAAUGGCAUUAACACAUGGUGGCAGAUACAUGCUGCAGGGGAUGGGGUUUGUACAGGCACAAUGGAACUGAGAAUAGUUUACUCAAGGUAUCAGUAAUGGCUGACAAUGGAACUGCUCCAAGCUAUGUUUCCUGUGAUAUUGAGAAACUGAUAGAACAGCAGGAAUUAACAGGGACUGAUAUAGCCUCUAGUCUGGUUCUCUGACAAUUAAGGGGGGUGAGGGUACUCAAUGUAUUAAUGUGGUAGGAGGGCUGGCAGUACCAUUGUAAAAGGGGAUAUUGAUAUAAAUAGUCUUAGAUCAUAGCUCUUCUAAGUAUAGAUAGAGUAGUGUCAAGACUUUUUAAAUAGCACAGCCCUCAAGGAAAGUCAAUCUAGGGGUUGCCUGUUGACAGUUUGUGAAGUAUGUGGGAGAACAACAGAUUUUUUGAAUGCUAUGUUGCCCCAAAUUAUGUUGUUUGUUUUUUUUAAUUUUAUUUAGUAAUUUUAUACAUUUUUAUGUUUGUUUGUACAUCUCAACUAAAACUUCAAUGUGCCCAACAUAUUGCAGGUUGGCUUUCUUAAUCCUGCAGUGUUUUGUUUUGGGAAAAGGAGGAAAAGCCUCAAUUACUCUGCCAUAUUAGGGAGUCCACAUCUAUUGUUUUUUUAAUAUAUAUAUAUAUAUAUAUCAUAUAUGUUUGGUCAUCUUCUCUAUUGGUAUAUAUAUAUAUAUAUAUAUAUAUAUAUAUAUAUAUAUAUAUAUAUAUAUAUAUAUAUAUAUAUAUAUAUAUGUAUAUAUAUAUAUAUAUGUAUACCAAUAGAGAAGAUGACCAGCACUCUCGGAUUCCAAUAGGUAAUUAAAAGUUAAACUUUAUUCAUCCAUCUUUAAAAAUAGCUGCUCAACAUUUCAGUCCACGUUUGAAAGUCCCAAACGUGGACUGAAACGCUGAACAGCUAUUUUUAAAGAUGGAUGAAUAAAGUUUAUAACUUUUAAUUACCUAUUGGAAUCCGAGAGUGCUGGUCAUCUUCUCUAUUGGUAUGUGUAAUCUCCCCAGAUUGCAAGCACCCGGUUUAACUACUUUGGCGCCAGUGUGCAAGGAUAUUGUGGAUUAUUUUUAUAUAAAACAAAUAAAUAAUCAGCACUCCCAGGGUUUGUAAAUAACCAAAAAAAUACUUUACUCCGUAAGUCAAUGUUUCAGCUCCUCUUGGGAGCUUUCAUCAGGACAGCAUACUGUAUGCUGUCCUGAUGAAAGCUCCCAAGAGGAGCUGAAACGUUGACUUACGGAGUAAAGUAUUUUUUGGGUUAUUUACAAACCCUGGGAGUGCUGAUUAUUUAUUUGUUUUAUAUCUAUUGUGCAAUCGAGCACCGGGUUCUAAUCUUUUUCGGUAGGAGGCUUUUUGUCCACAAUAUAUAUAUAUAUAUAUAUAUAUAUAUAUAUAUAUAUAUAUAUAUAUAUAUCACAGAGAUAUAAAAAAAUAUAUAUUAGUGAUUUGUAUGGUGGUUUGGUCAUAUUGGAGAGCUAAAUUGAAAGCUUUGCUGUCCUGCUUGAAUUGCAUCUUUUAUAAUGAUUCCUUUCAUAUUAGCAGAUGUGAUCACUCUAAUUCUCCCUUCAAAGAUUUGUUAAUCAGUAUCAGAUCUUACAUGGUUUGUAAUAUGAAUUAAUCUUGUACUGUUUCCUUCUCUCUUGAGGUUACUGUUCUGACACAUUCUAAGGAGUCUGGAAUUACAGUCACAUAACAUUCAUGCGUGUUAAAUUAAACGUAUUUCCCUGCAUCUGUAUUUAUGAAGCAUUGAUUCAGAUUGUAUGUUUAUUAAAAGUUCUCACCAAAGAAUCAACAAGUCUGAACUGAACUCUUAAUAUUUUCAAGGUGGAGGUAGUGGGAUUGGACGAGCCAUCUCUCAAAGGUUGUCUCUAGAAGGAGCUUCAGUGGCUGUGGUUGAUGUAAAUAUUGAUUCAGCCAAAGAUACACUACAGAGUCUCUGUCAUGGACUUGUGGGACAGGCGCACACAGCCUUUCAAGUUGACGUCUCUCAAUCACAGAGUGUCAGUGCCUUAAUAGAGCAGAUACAGGUUAAGUGUGAGAUACAGGUCGCAAAUAAAAAUUGAUAUAAUGCAAAAGUUACACUGUUCUAAUUGUCCCUCUUUCCUCCUCAGGCUCAAUACUCACGGUCACCAUGUAUUGCUGUCAGCAGUGCGGGAAUCACUCGAGAUGAAUUCCUUCUUCACUUGGCAGAAGAAUCCUUUGAUUCUGUGUUGAGUGUCAACCUCAAGGUGACUAAAACAUAACCUUACACUCUGCAGUCCUAUCUUUUACUGGUGCAGUGUCAUUCCAAAACAAGAUUCCUUGCCUCAGUAUCUUUUAAGUGUACAACAGGAACAUUAACCGUACUGAAUAGCCUAGCAGCUUUAAAGCGAAAACCUAAUUCUUUGUUGCUGCAAUGUUUUUAAAUGUGUCAUAGAAUCAAUUCAAUUUAUUCUUUAUGGUUUCAUCCCUCUCCAUUUGUGUUAAAGCAUUCCUGCCAUAUUUUAUUUUAUUUCCUUUUCUUCUGGUCCACAGAUUGUUUUGAAUGCCAUCACAUGUAUAUUAGGUUUCCUAGGUAAUGGUGUUAAUGAGCAUAUUUGGAGUCCGAGUAAGCAUUGACCAAGUUGCCAUUCUACAAGAUUAUUCACGAACACUGAGUGUUAGCGAAUUCAAUUUAAAUGGCAAAUGGAGACUAAAAUCCCUGAUUUUAGAAAGAUUCGCCCAAAUCAGCCGCAGUCACAACACAGCUAUUUUAGCCUCAAUUUUGCCAUUCAAAUGUAAUUUGCUGAAAUUGAUUGUUUAAGGAAUCAGUCUUUUGUCAUAACUCCUGUUUUUCACCUGUGCAUCGUUCCAAGGAGUCUUUAGAUGUCUUUCCCUUUUAAUGUAAACUGCAUGAUUCUUACUCUUUGCCUUUUUCCCUUUUUUAUUUUAGGGUCCAUUCCUUAUUACACAAGCUGUGGCUCGAGCUCUUGUAGCCAACGGACAAAACAAAGGCUCCAUCAUCAACAUUGGAAGUAUUGUUGGGAAGGUAGGACAAAAAAAUGUUGUUUGUUUAAAAAAUGCAUUCAUACUUCAUGUUUGAAGAGGAUUGAUGUAUCAAUAAUUAUAGUAUUCUAAUGUAUUUGUUCCAUACACUUUCCCUUUCCAGUUUUUGUUAUUAAAAUCAUGAAAUAUAGAAAAAUCUGUUUCUAACACCCUAAUUCUUGCAGGUGGGAAACCUUGGGCAGUGUAAUUAUGCUGCAUCUAAAGCUGGUGUCGAGGGGCUGACUAGAACUGCUGCCAAGGAGCUUGCAAGGUAAGUCAGGCUUAAUUUCCUCCAUCUGGCAGUGUUGGAUGACCUUAACAGUGCAGAUUUAGUCCAUAUUGUCUUUCUUUUUUCCAGCAUGAAAGCAUAGGCCUUACCUGCUACUUUGUUUCCUGCACAGGCCAGCACUGCUUAUAUCUCAACUAAUCUUCACUGCAGGAAGGCAAAUCUCAUGCAGCUAUAUCUCAUUCUCUUAAAGGGACACACCACUGUCAAACAAAUGACUAUUUAGUAGAUAUUCCCACAAUGAAAACAUGCAUUUUUUCAUUUUGGGUAUAUCUAAAACCACUUACAAAAGCUGCAGAUUCAUUUUCCCCAGCCCAGACUUUCUGAGGCUGUCAAAUCUCAAACAACUCAAUGAGAAAUCUUUGCAAGGCAGGUGCUCUGGGCAUUUAGCUACCUCUUGAGUUUAGCUCCACUGAGCUAGCCAAACCAGGAAGUAACAGGGCUGCUUGUCUGAUUGACAACCGAGGGGAUGUAACCAGGUUAAUGUAUAAAACUGCCCAUUUUUAAUUGAACUCUGCACUUAUUCUAAAAUCAGAAAAGCGGACACACUCUUCACAGAUAAAGCAAUUCAGCAAGCUAAAGUGCUUUAGGUGUUUGGAGUGUUCUUAAAACUAAUUAAUUUUUCAUUUACUUAAUGUCUUUUCUCAGGUAUGGGAUCCGGUGUAAUACUGUGCUGCCAGGAUUCAUCUCUACACCGAUGACUGAUAAAGUCCCGCAGAAAGUAUUAGAUAAGGUGACCAAUACUGGGUAGUGCUAAAUCCUUGGGUCCUCUCUGUUUUAUUGUAUUCCCUGGCAAGUAGUCAAAACUGUUUUAGAACAGUUAACCUAGGUCUCACCAGUUGCCUGUGACUGCAACCGGAAAACACUUUAACCCUAUGAGUCAUGGAUUAAACAGGUUUCUUGUCCCAUUGUGCUUACUUUCUUCCCAUAACAUUCAUAAUAAAACCUUUGGCUGAUCCAGUCUCUUCAAGGGGAACCAUCAACAUUUCUGUUUCCUCUCCUCCAAUGCAAUGUGUGGUAGUGGUACCAUGACUGAACUGGAUGUGAAUUUAAAGGAACACUCGAAGCACGCCUCCAUCAUUGUAAGGAAUCAAACUGGUUUUGAAUGGUUUGACUUCUUACCUGGGUCUGCUGGGUGUCUCUCUCUGGAGAGCUUGAAUUCCUAAGCAGGAACUUUGUUUGCUCAAAAGAGCUAUUGGAAUUUCCUACAUAGGAUCGUCUUACUUAGGAACUUCCAGUUCUCUAGAGAUAGGGAGCAGGUCCAGCAGACUCCUUACAAUGGGAGAGGGAGCAGGGCAUUAUAGGCACCAUAACCACUACAGUGAGCUGUUAUGGUAUUUGGAGUGUUUCUUUAAUAUACAUUAAAAAGAACAUAGCAUAACAUGAAAAUAAGAUUAACACAAGUUAUAAGUGAUUUUUUUUUUUUUUUUAAUUCUUAUUCAGUGGUGGGAUUUGCAGAAAAGUGAUGGGUUUACUUUUCUCUAGUUUUAAGUACAGGUUGUUACAUUAUAUUUCCUUCUAAUACGCCCCUGUCUCUACAGAUUUCGGGAUCCAUUCCUAUGGGCAGACUUGGUAAACCUGAAGGUAAAGUUACUAUUUAGCCCUGUGUGCUGUAUUUUUAAAGGACAAUUCAUUGAGUGUGUUUUUAAAGUAUUGUGGAGAGAUCUGUGUGUAUUUGCUAAUCUACAUGCGUUUUGCUAAUCAUUGCGUUGAAAUCCAUUUUAAAUUGGAAAUAUAAACAUGUAAAGUUGUAACAGCCAGUUUGGGCCUUGAUACAUCUUGUCAAUUAUUUCACACUUUCCAGAUAUUGCUGAUGUUUGUGCGUUCCUGGCAUCGGAUGACAGCAAGUAUAUCACAGGGGCCAGCAUUGAAGUGACCGGUAAAAGAAAAAUCCCUUCUAUAAUAAUGUUUUUAUUGGUAUUUGUUUAUAUAGGAAGUGGCACAUUUUCUUUGAGAAGUACAGGGAGUGCAGAAUUAUUAGGCAAAUGAGUAUUUUGACCACAUCAUCCUCUUUAUGCAUGUUGUCUUACUCCAAGCUGUAUAGGCUCGAAAGCCUACUACCAAUUAAGCAUAUUAGGUGAUGUGCAUCUCUGUAAUGAGAAGGGGUGUGGUCUAAUGACAUCAACACCCUAUAUCAGGUGUGCAUAAUUAUUAGGCAACUUCCUUUCCUUUGGCAAAAUGGGUCAAAAGAAGGACUUGACAGGCUCAGAAAAGUCAAAAAUAGUGAGAUAUCUUGCAGAGGGAUGCAGCACUCUUAAAAUUGCAAAGCUUCUGAAGCGUGAUCAUCGAACAAUCAAGCGUUUCAUUCAAAAUAGUCAACAGGGUCGCAAGAAGCGUGUGGAAAAACCAAGGCGCAAAAUAACUGCCCAUGAACUGAGAAAAGUCAAGCGUGCAGCUGCCACGAUGCCACUUGCCACCAGUUUGGCCAUAUUUCAGAGCUGCAACAUCACUGGAGUGCCCAAAAGCACAAGGUGUGCAAUACUCAGAGACAUGGCCAAGGUAAGAAAGGCUGAAAGGCGACCACCACUGAACAAGACACACAAGCUGAAACGUCAAGACUGGGCCAAGAAAUAUCUCAAGACUGAUUUUUCUAAGGUUUUAUGGACUGAUGAAAUGAGAGUGAGUCUUGAUGGGCCAGAUGGAUGGGCCCGUGGCUGGAUUGGUAAAGGGCAGAGAGCUCCAGUCCGACUCAGACGCCAGCAAGGUGGAGGUGGAGUACUGGUUUGGGCUGGUAUCAUCAAAGAUGAGCUUGUGGGGCCUUUUCGGGUUGAGGAUGGAGUCAAGCUCAACUCCCAGUCCUACUGCCAGUUCCUGGAAGACACCUUCUUCAAGCAGUGGUACAGGAAGAAGUCUGCAUCCUUCAAGAAAAACAUGAUUUUCAUGCAGGACAAUGCUCCAUCACACGCGUCCAAGUACUCCACAGCGUGGCUGGCAAGAAAGGGUAUAAAAGAAGAAAAUCUAAUGACAUGGCCUCCUUGUUCACCUGAUCUGAACCCCAUUGAGAACCUGUGGUCCAUCAUCAAAUGUGAGAUUUACAAGGAGGGAAAACAGUACACCUCUCUGAACAGUGUCUGGGAGGCUGUGGUUGCUGCUGCACGCAAUGUUGAUGGUGAACAGAUCAAAACACUGACAGAAUCCAUGGAUGGCAGGCUUUUGAGUGUCCUUGCAAAGAAAGGUGGCUAUAUUGGUCACUGAUUUGUUUUUGUUUUGUUUUUGAAUGUCAGAAAUGUAUAUUUGUGAAUGUUGAGAUGUUAUAUUGGUUUCACUGGUAAUAAUAAAUAAUUGAAAUGGGUAUAUAUUUGUUUUUUGUUAAGUUGCCUAAUAAUUAUGCACAGUAAUAGUCACCUGCACACACAGAUAUCCCCCUAACAUAGCUAAAACUAAAAACAAACUAAAAACUACUUCCAAAAAUAUUCAGCUUUGAUAUUAAUGAGUUUUUUGGGUUCAUUGAGAACAUGGUUGUUGUUCAAUAAUAAAAUUAAUCCUCAAAAAUACAACUUGCCUAAUAAUUCUGCACUCCCUGUAUUUUUUUUCUUUUUAUAUGAUAAUCAUUAGUGUUUAGGACUUUUCAUAACUCUUUAGCAUAUUUUACCAUUUAUAAUUUACACCCUAAACCCACAUUUUGUGCAGCCACACAGUUUAUAAAUUUCCAUGUGAGAAGAAGUCCUGGGAUAUGUCCAAGUCAGGAAAUUCCAGCUAAUUUGUGUAAUUUUAUGCCACAAACAAGGCUGAUCCCACAGUGUAAUAACAAGAAUAUUGCAGUGUACUGCACAGCACCAGGUUAUAGAUCAGGUUGUACUUUAUUUAUUGCUGUUGUUGCUUAUAUGCUCAAUGCAUUAUACUACUUGCUUAGAUUGUUGCUUUUUGUUUUUUAUAUACAGGUGGGCUUUUUAUGUAA